AUGGACGGAGAUGGCAAUGCUGAUUUCAUGGUUAUCGCUGAAGAUGGGAGUAUCCGUAUGUGGAAGAACCGGGGAAUUAUUGGAACUAAAGGCUCGAGUCUCUACUUCGUCGACCUCGAUGGCAAUAGUUCUCUUGGGUUGGGUCACUUUGGCGGAGCGGCACUUGAGUUCUGGUCCCCUCAUGACCCGCACGGUUCGCUCACCUGGGAUCGCCCAAGUGUACCCGGUGCCGAGGACUUCCACUGUCUACAUGUUUCUAUUGAAUGCGGUAAACUCGCCUGGCUAGAUACAUGA